GCUGCUCCCAGAUCUCCAACCUUUCUCUCCAACCGCCCCCCUGCGCCCUCUGCUCAGGAAAGCGGCUCGGCGGCGUGGGCGCCGACAGGGGCCACCGUGGAAAACCUGGCCCCAGCCAAGCCAGGGCGACCCCUUCUACCAAGAGACUCCUGCCUGUGGCCCCAAAGCACCCACUGCCCCCUCCAUGAAGCCCUCCAGCCUGAGGAUGGGUAUGGUGAGGUGGGAGAGCUCCUGCCUUUGGAGCUCUUUGACUGUGUUCUUCUUCUUCUUCAUCCACACCGUGGCGGCGCAGUACCAGGAGUACCUUGUGGGUAGCUGGCCCUACUACCCGGAGUACUUCCAGCAGCCUGCUCCUGAGUACCACCAGCCUCAGGUGCCUGCUGAUGUCGCCAAGAUCCAGCUGCGCCUGGCUGGGCAGAAGAGAAAGCACAGUGAGGGGCGGGUGGAGGUUUACUACCAAGGCGAGUGGGGCACUGUGUGUGAUGAUGACUUCUCCAUUCAUGCUGCCCAUGUCGUCUGCCGGGAGCUGGGAUACGUGGAAGCCAAGUCCUGGACUGCCAGCUCCUCAUAUGGCAAGGGGGAAGGGCCCAUCUGGCUGGACAAUGUCCACUGUACUGGCAAGGAGUCGACCCUUGCAGCCUGCUCCUCCAACGGCUGGGGCGUCACUGACUGCAAGCACACAGAAGACGUUGGUGUGGUGUGCAGUGAGAAAAGGAUUCCCGGGUUCAAAUUUGACAAUUCACUGGUCAACCAUGUAGAGAACCUGAACAUCCAGGUGGAGGACAUCCGGAUCCGACCCAUCCUCUCCACCUACCGCAAGCGCACCCCCGUGACGGAGGGCUAUGUGGAGGUGAAGGAGGGCAAGUCCUGGAAGCAGAUCUGUGACAAGCACUGGACGGCCAAGAAUUCCCGCGUGGUCUGCGGCAUGUUCGGCUUCCCUGGGGAGAAGACGUACAACACCAAGGUGUACAAGAUGUUCGCCGCCCGGAAGAAGCAGCGUUACUGGCGGUUCUCCAUGGACUGCACAGGCACGGAGGCCCAUAUCUCCAGCUGCAAGCUGGGCACGCAGGUGACGCGGGACCCCGUGAAGAACAUCACCUGUGAGAACGGGCUGCCGGCAGUGGUGAGCUGCGUGCCUGGCCAGGUCUUCAGCCCCGAUGGACCUUCAAGGUUCCGGAAAGCCUACAAGCCAGAGCAGCCCCUGGUGCGGUUGAGAGGCGGCGCCAACCUCGGGGAAGGCCGUGUGGAGGUGCUCAAGAAUGGCGAAUGGGGUACUAUCUGCGAUGACAAGUGGGACCUGGUGUCUGCCAGUGUGGUCUGCAGAGAGCUGGGCUUUGGGAGUGCCAAAGAAGCCCUCACUGGCUCCCGGCUAGGGCAAGGGAUAGGACCCAUCCAUCUCAACGAGAUCGAGUGUGCUGGGAAUGAGAAGUCCAUCAUAGACUGCAAAUUCAACGCCGAGUCCCAGGGCUGCAACCACGAAGAAGAUGCUGGUGUGCGGUGCAACAUCCCUGCCAUGGGCUUCCAGAAGAAGCUGCGCCUGCACGGGGGUCGGAACCCCUACGAGGGCCGGGUGGAGGUGCUGGUGGAGAGGAACGGGUCCCUUGUAUGGGGGACAGUGUGCGGCGAUGGCUGGGGCAUCGUGGAGGCCAUGGUGGUCUGCAGGCAGCUGGGCCUGGGGUUCGCCAGCAACGCCUUCCAGGAGACCUGGUAUUGGCACGAAAACAGCAAUGCCAACAAAGUGGUCAUGAGCGGAGUGAAAUGCUCGGGAACGGAGCUGUCCCUGGCACACUGUCGCCACGACGAGGAUGUGGCCUGCCCCCAGGGCAGAAUGCAAUAUGGGGCUGGAGUCGCCUGCUCAGAAACCGCCCCCGACCUGGUCCUCAGUGCGGAGAUCGUGCAGCAGACCACCUACCUGGAGGACCGGCCCAUGUUCAUGCUCCAGUGCGCCAUGGAGGAGAGCUGCCUCUCGGCCUCGGCUGCCCAGACCGACCCCAGGACAGGCUACCGGCGGCUGCUGCGCUUUUCCUCCCAGAUCCACAACAACGGCCAGUCCGACUUCCGGCCCAAGAAUGGCCGCCACGCAUGGAUCUGGCAUGACUGCCACAGGCACUACCACAGCAUGGAAGUGUUCACCUACUAUGAUCUCCUGAACCUCAAUGGCACCAAGGUGGCAGAGGGCCACAAGGCCAGCUUCUGCUUGGAGGACACCGAAUGUGAAGGAGACGUCCAGAAGAAUUAUGAGUGUGCCAACUUCGGCGAGCAGGGCAUCACCAUGGGCUGCUGGGACGUGUACCGCCACGACAUCGACUGCCAGUGGGUGGACAUCACCGAUGUGCCUCCGGGGGAAUACCUGUUCCAGGUUGUCAUUAACCCCAACUAUGAGGUUGCGGAGUCUGACUACACCAACAACAUCAUGAAGUGCAGGACCCGCUAUGAUGGCCACCGCAUCUGGAUGUACAACUGCCACAUAGGUGGUUCCUUCAGUGAAGAGACAGAGAAGAAGUUUGAACACUUCAGUGGACUUCUAAAUAACCAGCUGUCCACGCGGUAGGGCUGCUUCUGUGUCGCCUCCCGCCUCCGGGCCACAGCACAUCUUUCCCAGCUGCAGUCUGACCGACGGACCACCACGCUCCGACUCACCCAGUCCAGCCCCCGCUCCGCCCGGACACUCUUCGGCCACGGCCAAACUCAGGGGGAGGGGUGUUCCCAACAUUUGCAGGGGCUGCUGUCCAGAGUGAGGCUUGUCCCCAAGCCCGUGGGAGAAGUGCCACCAGCCAUCUCGUCCAGGACCCCAGGUUGUCAUCAACUUGUCCCAUCCGAGCCAUAGUCCCCCAAGUCUGACACCACACUGCUCACACUGCACCACUAAUAUGGGGCCAUUUUCUCCUCAGGUGCCUUGUUGGCGAUCCAGCUUAUCAACCUGAGGGGGGCUGAAUCCCACUUCCCCUCUCUUAGGUCAUUUCCAGCCAACUUGAAAGCCUAGAAUGCUCUUCAGGAAACAAACCGCCUCUACCCACCUCCAUUCUAUUCACGAAUAGAAAUAAUGCUGCCAUGUGUUUUCUGAGCGGUGAGCUCAGGGUGGGUGCUUCUGCCCCCAGAUCUUUGUGGUUCCAUAUACAUUUUUGGAAUAUCUGGUCUAGUUCUGUGAAAUACAUCAUUGGUAUCUCGACAGGAAUUGCAUUGAAUCUAUAGAUUGCUUUGGGUGAUAUGGACAUUUUAAUGAUAUUAAUUCUUCCUAUCCAUGAACACGGUAUGUAUCUUCUUAUUGGAGAUACCACUUAUUUGUAUCUUCUUCAAUUUCUUUCUCCAGUGUCUUAUAAUUUUCCUAGUACAGGUCUUUUACACCCUUGGUUAAAUUUACUCCUAGGUACCUCAUUUUUUUAUUACAAUAGUAAAUGGAAUUUUCUUAUUUUACUUUCUGACAGUUCAUUAUUGGUGUAUAGAGAUGCCAUUGAGCUUUCCAUCUGGCCGCAGCCAUCAAGUAAGCCGAGUCAGGUGCUUACAAGUACAUCCAGGGCUGUGGAGGAAGAAGCAGUCUGAUGUGAUGUGCUUUCUUCUCAGGGUGCGCUGCUGGCGUGCCGCCAGUUCUCUGUGCUCCACGGGCCGCCCACCCCACUGGGCCCAGGGAAGUGCACAGGCUGGGAUACAAGGCCAAGCACAGUUAGGUCACGUAUUGGAUUUGUGUGCGCCGUGAUGGCUGCAAACACUCUGUUCCUAAGGGUGCAACCUAUAAGAAGCCUGUCUACCAUGGUGCUUACCAGCUAACGUUUGCCCAAAGGCUUCAGUCUGUUGAGGAGGAGCAAGCAAGCUGGGCUCCACUGUGGGGCUCCGAGAGUCCUGAAUUCUCAUUGGGUUGGUGAAGAAUCCACAUACAGAUUCUUUGAGGUUACCCUCAAUGAUCCAUUCCAUAAGGCUAUUGGAAGUAAUCUUGACACCAAACUGGUCCACAAGCACAGGGAGACGUGAGAGCUAAUACCUGUGGGCCUGAAGAGCCGUGGCCUUGGAAAGGGCCACGAGUCCCACCACAAUACUGGUGGUUCUUGCCGUGCAGCUUGGAGGAGGCGCAGUGCUCUCCGGCUCCACCGUUACUGCUAAUAUAAGUAAUGUUUGUAAAAUCCUUACCUAAUAAACAAUUUAGGAUAGUCAAAAAUGUCAUAAAUUUCUGAGUAUUGAUUUUGUAUCCUGCUACUUUGCCAAAUUCAUGUAUUAGGCCUAGUAGUUUUUUGGUUGGUGGAAUCUUUAAGGUACUCUAUAUACAGUAUCAUGUCAUCUGCAAAUAAUGGCAGUUUUACUUCUUCCUUUCCAGUCAGCUGCCUUCUAUUUCUUUUUGUCUGAUUGCUGUGGCCAGGACUUUCAGUAGUGCUAUGUUGAAUAAGAGAGGUGAAUGUAGACAUCCCUGUCGUCUUCCCUAUCUUAAGGGAAACACUUGUAGUUUUUGCCCAUUGAGUAUGAUGCUGGCAGUAGGUUUGUCAUAUAUGGCCUUAUUAUGUUGAGGUAUGUUCCCUCUAUUCCCACUUUGCUGAGUUUUUAUCAUAAAUGGGUGCUGGAUUUUUAUCAAAUGCUUCUUCUGCCUCUAUAUGAUCAUGCGGUUUCUAUCCUGCUGUUAUCUCCAUGGACUUUGAAACAAAUAGUAAUAGUAUUUAUAUUGGCAGUCUAGGCCUUUGAAAAUAUAGCUCAAAAGGAAAACUCACCCACCUGUGUAAGUGACUCCCGUUUCUGUUGUUGACUCUGCGGGUACUGUUAACGGUGCUAUAACCGGGGCCCUGGGUGACGAGGACACUCACUGAACACCGUGUGUCAUCGCGGAUACUUACACAUACUUGAAACUUGGAAUAAAAGGUGUAUGAUA